AUGGCUCGUCCCACUCCCAUCAGUGAUGAUCUUCUUGAGACCAAGAAUUCUGUUGGAAUGAAGAGUAUCUGGAGUAAUAUGAAGAAAGGCGAAUCCAGACAGAAUCCAAGUACAAAAAAUUGGUCGACCCAACAGAUCAGCUCGGAUUCAAGUUUCGCUGCAUUAUCACCUCCUUCUCGAGAUUCGAUAUCAGGUUCCAAGAACUCAUGUUUUUCAGAUCUUAGCAAUUAUAUUCCUGUAGGAUCGAUUCGAAUACACAAGCACGAGUGUUCACUCUUGACGAAAGAAGUAUUUAAGUGUCGAGAUUGGUAUACUUUUCAUCUUCCGUCCGAUAUCAUCAAUUUCCAACAAAGUAUCUUGUAUUUACCAAAUACCGUACAAGCUCAGUUGCUUCGUUCCGCUGCCCUUGCUGAGUACACUGGAAUACACAAUGCUGGUUGGAUUAGAAUGGAGUUCAAGGCAAAGGAUAAGAAUACUGGUCAAAUAAGGGUAUAUAUCUUACCAGAUGAUAUUGGAAAUGCUGUGCUAGAUCGUUCAAUGAAGCAACUUCGUAAGGGUAUGCAGACCUUACUAGACAAGUUAGACGUUUCGGAUGCGACUUGGCAAGGAACAUGGUCAGAUGACACACCAACUCAGCACAUCAACUCUGCUUUGGAUGGCAAAGAAUCUACAGACAUCGUCUCGCUCUUUGACAUGUUUAAUGAUCUACCAUCCCCAAAGCCAGACCCAAGGGUAAUCAUUGGAGAUCGUUAUGUACAAGAUGCGACACGAUCUCUCCUGACGGGUAAUGUCCAGGGGCUGAAUCCAAAUACGAGAAUGCAUCCAUAUCAAUGUGAAACGGCUGCUAUGAUGUUACAGCGAGAAACACAGCCAGGAUACAUUGUGGAUCCACGUCUUCGAAAAAUUCAAGAUCGGCAUGGACAGAGUUUUUACUGCGAUUUGAGUGCGAACGGUUGUUUGAGAGAACCACGCCUCUACGAAGCUCCGAGGGGUGGAAUAUGCGCAGAAAACAUGGGUCUAGGAAAGAGUCUAAUCUGCUUAGCUCUGAUUCUAUCCACGAAAUAUUUGAGACCUCAAAUGCCAGAUGAGCACUCCAUUAACUCUCUUCCUACACGAAAGAAGACAGGCUCUCUUCUCGACAUGUGCGCUUCGACCGUCGGCAGACAAGGAAUUCCGUGGGAGAUGGUCCUUGGAAAGAUGGAAUCCGAAGGAGAACUUGGAUUCAGCCAAAUGCAUGCCGCGUUAAAUAGAGGAAUCGGCUACUAUUGGUAUGAGCCAGACCCACCAGCUCGCGAGACGCGUCGUCCCAUAACCCCAACUAAGAAGAAGAUUUGGCUCGCAAAGUCUACACUUGUAGUUGUUCCACCCAACUUGGUGCAUCAAUGGAUACAAGAGAUCGAGAAACAUACCACCAGCUUGACUUACUUGGUUCUAAACGAUAUGGGAAUUCAAGUACCUGCCGCGCAUGAAUUAGCAAAAUACGACAUCAUUUUAUUUAGCAGAAGGAGAUUUGAGAGAGAGGCUAUGGAAGCGACUUUGACGUGCCGACAGAGCACCACUACUUGUGAGCACUGUUUUGGUAGCCCGGAAGCUUCGAAUUGCUCUUGCAAGAUGUCACCAGGACCCACACCGGCAGAAGCCUUUAAAUAUCGUUCCCCACUUCGAGAUCUUCAUUUCAAGCGUCUGAUCACUGAUGAAGGACAUAGUUUUGGGAAUGUAACAAAAAGCGGACAAUCAAACGCGAUAAUCAUGAUUGACUUCUUGCACCUUGAUGCGCGUUGGAUUGUUUCUGGAACUCCGACGAACGGCCUUCAUGGAAAAGACGUCCCAUUUUCGAGGACUUAUGAGCUCAGAAACAAUGAUACGAAGCCCAUCGGCCUAGAGAAUGCUAAGACACCGGGAGAGAAAAGCUCUACAAACUCAAAAGGACUGUUUAUCCAACAAGAGACUAAGGACCUCGAGAAGCUUGGAAAUAUAUUGAAGUCGUAUCUCAAAGCUCGACCAUGGGCAAACACGGCCGUGGUGGGUGAUCAAGCAUCGUGGCUAGAUCUAGUCAUCAGACCACGAUAUAACCAACAAAUCCAUAGCGACCCAGGAAUUCUUAAAUCUACUUUGGAAAGUAUGAUCAUCCGACAUACAGCAAGAGACAUCACGGCGCAACUUAGACUCCCCCCUUUCAAUAAUAAGAUUGUUUACCUCGAAGGAUGUUUUCAGGAUAAGUUGUCGUUGAACAUAUUUUCGAUGAUGAUUACUGUAAAUGCUGUUACCUCGGAAAGAGAAGGUGUAGACUAUUUCUUCCAUCCGAAAAAUAGAAGAGUUCUUUUGACUCUAUUCUCAAACCUACGACAGGCUUCCUUCACUUGGUCAGGUUAUACCAAGGCAAUGAUUGAGAACUCGCUUCAAACCGCUGAAAAGUUUCUUGCAAAGAAUGGCAUUAACCCUGAAGAGAAAAAGCUUCUGCAGGAAGCGAUUCGAGUUGGACAGAUAGCCCUUUCGAAUGGUAUAUUCAGAGCUGCUAGUCAACUACAUGAAAUGGCCAUGUAUGUACAGAAUCCUCUGCCGGAAGAAAUUAGGCGUGCAUGGGCACUUGACUACCAUGAUGGCAAUCCAACAUUGAUGGGCGCUAGUAUGAUAUGUGCUGCCAAAGAGGCAUUUUAUACAUAUCGUCGUGGUGGCCUCGUCGAUCAAUCCGAUUCUGUCUUCAACACAGCUAAACUCACCGAAUUUGGAGAGAAAUUGUCGCGCAGGCUUGCAUUAGACGCUGAUAUAGACCCUGUCGAAUUCAAAACAGCACAAGCAGGUUUUACAGAUCAGAGACCGAGUGCGAGCCCCAAUACCUCAGCGUCAGUGAAUAACUCUAUGUGGAGAGAGUCUACUAUCACAUCAACAGCUUCAUCUAAACUCUCAUAUCUCAUGGACCAGAUUUUUCUUCACCAUAAAAAUGAGAAGUUAAUUGUAUUUUACGAGGCCGAAAACGUGGGAUAUUAUAUUGCGCAGGCAUUGAAAUGUGUAAACAUCGAGCAUUUAGUGUACACCAAGAGAGACUCGACAUCUGAGCGUUCAAAAUGUGUUGCAAAGUUCAACUCCGUCGCUGGUUUUCGUGUCAUGCUCAUGGAUGUUAAUCAAGCCGCUUUUGGUUUGGAUAUGAGCGCAGCAUCAAGAAUAUACUUCGUCAAUCCAGUAUUUUCACCACAAGUUGAGGCGCAAGCUAUCAAGAGAUCUCACCGUAUCGGUCAACUCCGUCCUGUACAUGUUGAGACAUUGGUUCUGAAAGGAAGCAUUGAGGAGGUGAUCUUGACAAGACGAAACACACUGAACGACCAGGAACACACGCACCUGAAAAACAUCCUCGAAGACCAAACGAUAUAUGACUGGAUCAAGAAUGUUCAAUUCUACCCUAUUACGAGUGGUGAUUUACCCGGUCCAGAACAACUUGCUCCUCUUUCUUACCCGCAACUCGCGUUUGGAAAGUUCAACAAUUCUCUGAAUAACGCAAAUAAGGAUAUGGUCCCUACGGCGGAACCAGAAACUCUUGAGCCUCUUCCGUCACAAUCGACCGGGAGCAGACAAUCAGUUUCAGAUGGCGAAACUGCCCGCAAUGUGGCUCGAUUAGGCGAUUUAUGCCGUAUAUUAGGGAAUGAAAAUUCAGACAUCAUUCUUGCAAUGUAUAAGAGAGGACUUCGGGAGCGAAUUCAUGAACAAGAACUUGGAUUAGGUCGCUGGAUUGAUAGUUUAAUGCUUUCGCAUCAGAUUGUUAACGUCUCUACUAGUGGUGGGACUGGAUCAUCCCAUCCUUCUCGUGGCGUAGGGUUUGAUGCGAGAACUCGACCUGGAUUAAAUACAGAGACCGGACAAGCUCUUCUUGGAAACGCAGAAGCAGAGGAGAAUAGUCAUAAGAACGAUGAAGAUCAUCCAGAAUCUCCGCGAACAAAGUCCACGAAGACAGGAUCCACCGAAAAUGAUCGGCACAAUGAAUUGAUGAUGCAAUCGAGAGCCUCAAGAGAAUUGGCUGAGAAACAAGCAGAAGAAGAAGACAAAGAGGAGAGCCAGAGCUCUACUCAAACACCCACCUUGCAGGAGAGAAUGAGAGAAAUAAUAGAGGAAACAGCUAUAAUGCAAAGCAGUGCUAGUGGAAUAUCUACUAGUCUGCCCAGUGCUAGGUUCCUCCGUGGGUUUGGAUCAUCUGCUAGUCGGCCCGGUCUUCGUGUUCCCAGGGCUGGUGGAUCAUCUGCUCAUGCUCCAUUAAUUUGGCCAUCAACUUGGCAACCAAUUCGGGGAACUCUAGAAUUUGGACAAAUCACUGGUGUAGAAUCAACGAGUACAGCACCGAAUAGUACACAGACAUUCAACGAACCUGAUCUUGAGUCAUUUUCAACGGAGAUAGAGGGGAAUGCCACAAAUGAAGGAGAUGAAGACGUGGAGGACGCAGAAGUUGCAGAUGAAGCGGAAGAUGAAGCUACAGGUGCAGAGUCCGAUUAUUCACAUGGAAAUUUGUAUGAUGCAUAA